CGGCGGACACUAUGGGGAUAGCUUGGAGAAUGCUUCCACCAUGGAGGCUGGCUGGGACUUCGUCCCUGCGGGCUAUCAGCUCCUCCAGCCUAGAUACAUUCCCAAAGCAAGUUAAAAUCGUAGAGGUCGGCCCCCGAGAUGGUCUGCAAAAUGAAAAGCAUAUUCUACCCACUCAAAUGAAAAUCAAGCUGAUAGACAUGUUGUCUGCGGCAGGACUCCCUGUCAUCGAAGCCACCAGCUUUGUGUCCCCCAAGUGGGUGCCCCAGAUGGCAGAUCAUGCUGAAGUCCUGCAGGGCAUCGAGAAGUUUCCUGGCAUCAGCUACCCAGUCCUGACCCCUAAUCUCCGAGGCUUCCAAGCAGCGGUGGCUGCAGGGGCCAAGGAAGUUGCCAUCUUUGGGGCUGCCUCAGAGCUCUUCAGCAAGAAGAAUAUUAACUGCUCCAUCGAGGAGAGCUACCAUCGAUUUGAGGAAGUUCUCACUGAAGCUAGAUGUGCCAACAUUCCUGUUCGAGGGUAUGUGUCCUGCGUGCUUGGAUGCCCGUAUGAAGGGAAAGUCUCCCCAGCCAAAGUAGCUGAGGUGGCUAAGAAGCUAUACUCAAUGGGCUGCUUUGAGAUCUCUCUGGGUGAUACCAUCGGCGUGGGUACCCCACUUGGCAUGAAGAACAUGCUGUCUGCUGUCAUGAAGGAGAUGCCAGUGAGUGCCCUGGCUGUCCAUUGCCAUGACACCUAUGGACAAGCCCUGGCCAACAUCUUAAUGGCUCUUCAGAUGGGCGUGUCUGUGGUAGAUUCAUCUGUGGCUGGUCUUGGGGGCUGCCCCUAUUCUCCUGGUGCAUCGGGAAAUGUGGCUACAGAGGACCUCCUGUACAUGCUGAAUGGCCUGGGGAUCGACACAGGCGUGAACCUUCAGAAGUUGACAGAUGCCGGAAAAUUUAUCUGCAAGGCAUUAAAUAGAAAAAACAGUUCCAAAGUGGCCACGGCCAUCUCUCAUAAGCUGUGACUUCCUCCCUUCCACCCUGUCUUCCGCAACGGGCUGGGCUCGCCAGACCCCCAGCAGCAGCCAAGGACCUGCAGAACAAAUGGUGCUGUCCCUUUCCCAUAUUAGGGGACACACUAACAAUAGCCCAGAAAUGAUAGUGCCAGGGCAGAAGAGUGCCAAAGAAGGGGAAUCGGGAACUGACACCUUAGGAAAUCAACUUCAACUCAGGACACAUGACUGGAAAAGCUUUCCUUAAGUAAGCUGGAUGAAUUAGGUCAGAGAAAGAAGCCCCAAAUCCUCCCCAUGAAGAGCCUUUUGAGUCUGGAAGAUUUUCUGGUAUAUUUUCCAUCAUUUUUUUACAUUAAAAAGAAGAGCAUCCCAGAGGGUGCCCAGAGAAGACCUUGAAGCCCCUUCCUCAUCAUAACCUACUUUUAUGAAUUUCUUCUCCCCCUCUUAAGAAUUCAGCCUCUCCAUCCAAGACUUUGAUCACUGAUGCCCCCAAUCCCCAUCUCAUCUAGGGAUGGAAAGGGAUUUGGUUGUGCUGAAUAUUAAAUCCUUCUUAGGAUUUCCUAAAGGACUGUUGCCUGGUGUCAUCCUGCCAACUGUAGGACUGUGGCACUAGAAAUCCUCUGAUGCCAUUCUCUACCCUAGAAAUUAUUUUUAAAUGUGUAUCUAAAGCCAAUGUAAUUAAAAGAUGGAAUAAUGA